AUGCUCGUCCUCUUCGCUACCAUCUGGCUUCUGGCCUGGGUGCCCUUCACUGUACAUGCCCAGGACGAGCCUCGGACGUGCGUCUUCCGCCUCAUGUCAGCCGAUUUCGUCCUCAGCCAGCUAGACGGCGGCCAGGUCCUCGGACUUCAGCCUGCCGAUCCCUCCUCCUCCAACGAGGGAACUGGCACUCUUUUCCGCUUGCGCCAGGGUGCUCUGUAUGAUGGACAGCUGCGAGGAUGCUGGUGGGCGGCCCCCUCCACUGUGCUAGUCUGCGACAUCUUGCCCCCCGCGCAGCCAGAUCCACUGUUUGAAGUCGACACGACGCAACGGCUGGUGUAUAACUCGUCUAUCACCUCCUUCUGGGCUUGUCCUGCCAACGCUGGCAGCACCCGCGAUGGCCAGCAGCAGCAGCAGUAUCAGCAGGCAUCGGCCGCGAACUUCUAUCUGGAAGUGCCGGAGCAUCUUCAAGACAGAGAUGCGAUCGACCACGCCAGGUCGAGCGGUCCCUGCAAGCGGGUAGCCAUCGAGGUGGCGUUUAUCGAUACGUGGUUCUGCAACCACAAUUUUCCCGUCGUGGAGUCCGCUUCGGUGCGGCGGACGGCUAUAGUUGCCAGGGAGACUAGUAUUGUUCUUUUUGACACGGCUUCGGCUUCUGUUCGGGAAGCUUCUGGGCCGGUAACCGCCGCUGAGACUGGGUUCCUGGAGACGGCUACUGCUCGCAAGAUUGAGAUUGUCCCCGUGUCAUCGGAGAGUGGGACAGCGACGACAACUUUCGCUACAGUGACGUCCACGGUGGGGAACCAUACUAGUGUGGUUCCUUAUUCCGAGACCGAGACUGUGCUGUGA